GCCCGCUGAGUGGCUGCGGAACGCGUCGCUCAGGCGCUGCGCUGCUAUCAAGUUGCGGCGGAGCUGGGGACGGGAGCUGCAAAAAGCCGGGGCUGACUUUGAGUUCGUGCGAGCUCCAACUCAGGAAGAGAGCCGAGAGCUGGAGGGAGCUCAGCGACCUCCUGCCAACUUAGACCGAGGAGCAUGUUUCAGCACUCUGCAGGGCACAGAGCUGUCCGCACCGCCGACCCACUCACCGACUGACUUCAGCACCUCUGUCUCUUUAUAUUUAAAAAAAAACCCACCAGCGUUUCGCAAGAGAGGGAGAAAAGCGAAGGUGAAAAGAGAUCGCAGGAGCUGCAGUGUGGUGCGUGUAUUCUGUUGAAAGAUAUUCUCCGGAGGAGGAUCGAAGGGGGAGAGAUGGACGCGCUGAUGCUGUUGCUGCUGAUGGUGCUGAUGCUGCUGGUGGUCUCCCCGCCGGCUUCGGGUCAGGAGAGGGAUUACAGCCUGCGGGAGGAGCUGCCCGACAACGUGCUGGUGGCGAACCUGGUGCGGGACCUGAACCUGACCGCGGCAGCGGCGGCCGGUCUGCCCCUCACCUUCAAGCUAGUCUCCAAGACCGGGGAUGCCCCGCUGCUGCGGGUGGAGGGGAGCAGCGGUGAGCUCUACACCACCGCCCACCGCAUCGACCGCGAGAGACUGUGCGCCAACACCUUCAGCGACAGCAGCCGCUGCUUCUACGAGGUCGAGGUGGCCGUGCUGCCCAACGAGGUCUUCCAGCUGGUCAAGAUGCGCUUCCUCAUCGAGGACGUCAACGACAACGCGCCUCUCUUCCCCUCGGCGGUCAUCAACAUCUCCAUCCCGGAGAACACCGCCGUCAACUCCCGCUACUCGGUGCCCUCCGCCCUGGACCCCGACGCUGGCAUCAAUGGCAUCCAGCACUACGAGCUGCUCAAGGGCCAGAGCGUCUUCGGGCUGGACAUCAUCGAGACCCCCGAGGGCGACAAGUGGCCGCAGCUCAUCGUCCAGCAGAGCCUGGACCGCGAGCAGAAGGACACCUACGUGAUGAAGAUCAAGGUGGAGGACGGUGGGCAGCCGCCCCGCUCCAGCACCGCCAUCCUCCAGAUCACCGUCACCGACGUCAACGACAACCGGCCCGUCUUCAAGGAGGGCGAGACCGACGUCCACAUCCCCGAGGACGCGCCGGUGGGCACCUCGGUCGUCCAACUGCACGCCACCGACGCCGACCUGGGCUCCAACGCCGUCGUCAGCUUCUCCUUCAGCAACCAGGUCUCGGCGCUGGCCCGCCGCCUGUUCGCUGUCAACCCGUCCACCGGCCUGAUCACCGUCAGGCAGCCGCUGGACCGGGAGGAGUUCCCCGUGCACAAGUUGACCGUCUUGGCCAGCGACGGUAGCUCGACACCCUCCAGGGCCGUGGUCACCAUUAACAUCACCGACGUCAACGACAAUGUGCCCACCAUCGACACCAGGUACAUCAUUAACCCUGUCAAUGGUACUGUCUUGUUGUCGGAAAAUGCACCACUCAACACCAAAAUCGCACUGAUCACGGUCACGGACGAAGACGCCGAUUUAAAUGGGAAGGUCACCUGCUUCACUGACCACGAUGUCCCAUACCGUUUGAAGCCUGUGUUUGAAAGCCAGUUCUUAUUAGAAACUGCUGCCUUGCUGGACUAUGAGACUACGAAAGAAUAUACUAUUAAGAUAGUGGCUUCUGAUGCAGGUAAACCACCGUUAAAUCAAUCAGCCACUGUGGUGAUUAAACUGAAGGACGAGAAUGAUAACGCUCCUGUUUUUAAUCAGCCCGUAAUUGGCCUGUCAAUCCCUGAAAAUAACACCCCUGGUACACAGCUAACAAAAAUCAGUGCCACUGACGCGGACAGUGGGAAAAAUGCAGAGAUCACUUACCUCCUGGGUCCCAAUGCCCCGUCCAUCUUCAGUGUAGAUCGGAGAACUGGCAUUCUGUCAGCUAUGAGGAGAUUAGAUCGAGAGAAACAAGACCGUUACGUUUUUACAGUACUGGCCAGGGAUGGAGGCAAGCCUUCUAUUCAGAGCAAUGCUACUGUGGUUGUGACUGUGUUAGAUCAAAAUGACAACAGCCCUUCCUUCACACACAGUGAAUACAAUUUCUACGUGCCUGAAAAUCUGCCCAUGUAUGGGACAGUGGGACUUAUUACUGUUACGGAUGCAGAUGCAGGAGGUAAUGCAGCUGUUAGCCUUUCCAUCUUGAAUGAUAAAGGCUACUUUAUAAUUGACCCCAACAGUGGGGUCAUCAAGCCCAAUAUUACAUUUGACAGGGAGCAGCAAAGUUCCUAUACAUUUCAAAUCAUGGCUGUGGAUGGAGGAAGGCCUCAACGGUCGUCUGUGGCUAGGGUGACUAUAAAUGUUGUUGAUGUAAAUGAUAACAGCCCAGUGUUUGUAUAUCCUCCAUCUAACUUUUCGUAUGAACUGGUAUCGACCUCUGCCAGCCCUGGCUCUGUGGUGGGUAAAGUUUUUGCAAUUGACAAUGACACAGGGAUGAAUGCUGAACUGCGCUACAGUAUAGUCAGUGGGAAUUCCAGAGGACUGUUUGCCAUUGACCCAGUGACUGGCAAUAUCACUUUGCAAGAGAAGGUGACCACAGCAGACCAUGGCUUAUACAGGCUCGUGGUGAAGGUCAUUGACUUGGGUCAGCCAGAAUCCUUGCAUGCCAUAGCACUUGUACACUUGUUUCUCAAUGAAACCAUCAAUAAUUUUACCUAUGUGCAAGAUCUGGUACGGAAGAGCAUGGAGACGCCAUUGGAUAAGAAUGUUGGAGAUAGCCAGAUGACCCCACAGACUAAUGAUUAUAUUAAGAUUGUUAUUGCCAUCAUUGCUGGGACUAUGACUGUCAUUCUUGUUAUUUUUGUGACUGCUUUGGUGCGUUGCCGUCACACGCCAAGGCAUAAAACUGUGCAGAAGGGAAAACAGAGCGGGGAAUGGGUUUCUCCUAAUCAGGAAAACCGACAAAUUAAGAAGAAAAAACGAAAGAAGAAGAGGUCACCAAAGAACCUUCUUCUGAAUUUUGUUACAAUUGAGGAGUCCAAACCAGAUGACCCUGCUCACGAGCACAUCAAUGGCACCUUGGACCUUCCGGUGGAAUUGGAGGAUCAGACUAUGGGCAAGUACAACUGGGGCACAACACCCACCACUUUUAAACCUGAUAGCCCGGAUCUAGGAAAACACUACAAGUCAGCCUCCCCACAGCCCUCCUUUCAAAUCAAGCCAGAGACUCCAGUGCCGGUGAAGAAGCAUCAUGUCAUCCAAGAAUUACCGCUGGAUAACACAUUUGUUGUGGGCUGCGACUCUCUAUCCAAGUGUUCUUCGAGCAGUUCUGACCCCUACAGCGUAUCAGAAUGCAGUUGUCAGGGAGGCUUCAAGACUGCAGGGCCAAUCCACACCAGACAGUCACAACGAAGGGUCACGUUCCACCUUCCUGAUGGCUCUCAGGAAAGUUGCAGCGAUAGUGGCUUGGGUGACCAUGAACCCAACAGCAGUGCCAGCACAUCACACCCUCUGCCCCUUGGCUUCCCACAGGAGGAAUACUAUGAGCAAACAUCCCCUAGCAGGACUGAAGGUGAUGGCAACUCAGACCCCGAAUCCAGGGGUAUGUGUAUCUCUGAAAGUUCAUUUCGUUGUCCUGGUUCCACAGAACAUCGCAACGUCCACCUGAAUGUGGAAUCAAACGUGAACCCUCCUAUAAGGGGUGUCGAGGUGUCUCUUCAGAAAGUGCUGACUGAAGCCUCGGAGACUUGCACGCAGGAGUGUCUGGUCCUUGGUCACUCUGACAACUGCUGGAUGCCCCCAUCGCUGACCCAGUACCAGCAGCCGAAUCCUCCCCUGCCGUCUAUCGGAUUUCAGCAGAGCUGGGGCAGAAAUGGCAGGUCAGAGGGGCGGCAUACUCUGGGGAGAGCCAACAACAAGGAUGACAUUGAUAAAAGCCAAGGCAGUGGCAGACAGCAGUUGUACAGCAACUCGGAAAGACACUGCAGCAACGAGGAUCCUGUGAAGGUCAUUCCCCUGGCAAACUUUACACCAAACCAGCAGGGCUCAGUGUCAGGUGACAGUUCCCCCUAUGUCCGGGAGCACCAGCUUUAGAAAGCACCUCAAGGCAACAUUUGAGUGGCUUUGAAGUCAGGAUGUAUAUAGUCGCUGCUUUUAGUCCAUGUUGAGCCUAUACAUCAAAAUACACAAGACUGCUUUGCAGUACUAAUACCUGUAUGCACUUAGUGAUUCAGGCCUUUCAAAUAAGUUGUGUACAAAGCUGUAUAUUGGCAGCUUCUCUGUGCUGUUAAAUUACAAUCAUUGGAAAUAAAUGUUUGUGUUGUGGAAUGACAAAGUGGGUAUAUUUUUAGGAUUGAAUGUUGUGGACAGUCCAACUGCACCAAAGUUCAGUGGCAAGCCAGAAUCAUCUUUUUUUCUUUCUGGAGUUAAUGAUGUCAGACACUAAUCUGAAAAUGCCAGACAGAAAAUAGACUGAAUGAAUACUGUAGGUUUUGCUUUCACUGAUCUUUUAAGCCAGUUUUAUCCCACUCGCUCCUGAUCAGUGCCAGAAAUCUGAAAUUCCUUGGUACUUUGCAGUGCAAGGAGGCCACUUCUCAGUGGAGUGAUGAUUUAUGGAAACCGUUAUUUUAAAAAAAUACUGCGGAAAACACAUGGUCUGUGCUGUGAAUGACUUUAUAAGUUGUGACACUGCCCCUGGAUUCAGGGAAAAGGAACAAGCACUUGCAGUGGGAAAGGUGACACUGCUGAAUCUUAUCUCUCACCCAAUGAUGUGCCUCCCUGAAAUAGUGCACAACCUCACAUUAAAGAGGCACUUCAACUUGGUAAGAGUGCCAAACAGAUUUGAGAAACAAACAGCCCAGGCAUUAAUGCCACCGUACCAGGUGUUUUACGCCUAAGUUAUCAAGUCACCUAAAACUGUAUUUAUUCUUUACAAAGUAGGUCAUUUUUAACUUGAAAAGGAUUGAAUGCUGUUAUGUGUGCAGCUCAUGUAUUCCACAUGUAGAGUAGUUUGAAGUCAAUGUAUUGAAAAUGUAACAUACAUUUUAUACAUAAAGCUUAUAUACUUAUAGUUGAUUAGAAGUGAUCUGAUAUACUAUUUCAAUAUUGUAUGUUUGAUUUCUGAAUUAGACUAAACUACAGAUUGCCCUUGUUAAAGAAUCUUGUAGGACAAUCUGCUAAAAUCCUAUGAGUCCAAAUCUUACCUUCUAUAAGAUAAUUUGUUCAAUUCUAUGGAGCAUUACUGUGUCUUAUAACUGAAUUUUCUAGGGUCAUUUCAGGUAUGCAGCAACAUAUUCUGAUGAGAGAAAUGGACAGUGUUUGACAUUGGCCCUGCAGUUGUACCUGCAGAUUACACUGAAAAAUUGAAGAACUACCUGCUCCACCCAGAAAUUCAGAGUUAAUACCAAAUGGCUUGCUACUAUGUUGUGACAUGAAGGGAGGAGCCUUUUGUUUGUUAUUAUGUUAUAAUCAGGUAACAUGCACAAUUUCCAGGCACUCUGGAUACAUGACAAUCUAAGGAAGCAUUUAGCAAAUUAAGGAAGACAAACAUAAAGACUUUUUAUGGAGUUUUGUUUCUGGAUACUGUAUGUAGAAUUAUCUAACUAGUCACUCAAAGCUGUAAAAACCAAUGCAUAAAUCUGCUGUAUGACUGCUUGUAAAACAAUGAAAGUUGCUAUGUAUAUUAGAUGUGGGGUUUUUUGCACCAUAAAAUGGGGAUUAUGGGGAAAGCUUAUUGUGCUGUUUAUGUGCUCAGAAGGUAUAAGUAGCUUUGUAAUUUGUCAAAUGUUGUUUCACAGUAAUCUGUUCAAAUCACAGGCAGUUACAGUGUGCAAAAGAGCGUCACCUAAUUAAACAGUUACUUUAAUCACCGAAUGAUGGAAGAGCAUUAAAAUAAAAUCAGUCUUGUUGAAAAAGUUUUAGUAUUUCUUGGUAGUUCUGGUAGCUGUAGGAUAUGGGAAUAUUUAUUAUUAUUUGUGCAAAGCAUUACGGUUGAAAUUGCAUGUUAACAGUAAACAAUGUUAACCCUUCCAGAACUGACUUUGCCUAUGAAUUGCCUGUAGAUGGAUGAUCAUUUGCAGGGUUUUUUUAAGGAAGGGAAUAGAAGAAGCAGCAUCAAUGUUAAUCACUGUACUUUGUGUUGAUCUGCAGAUGUUUAACAGAAUCCCGUUACUGGCCUGAAAAAUGCCAGUAAAACCUAGCACCAGGCUAGACUGAGGAUCUUAAUCACAAGAGGAAAUUGGUUGGCUGCAAUGAUUGUUAAUGUUUUUGCCCUUAUUCUUCUCAUGCAGUCUCAUUUAAACUUCUUCCCAAUGCACACAUCCAACCCCAAGCAACAAUGAGAUUACAAUGAUGUUGCACACAAACCUCUCUCCAAGGAAAUCAUUGGGUUGAGUGAACACAUCCAGACUAACUAAAUCUGUGUACCGAAGCCACAUUUGCUUUCCAUUGAUCCACUGUGUUCUUGUCUGUGCCACCACUGUUCAAUGUGUCAGCCAGGGGUGGGUUUAGUGGUGGUUCACUCUUAGACAAUGGAGCUUUUUCAGGGACUUGCUACAGACAAGAGUGAUAAAGCUAGUUGCCCUACAAAUCUGCUGUUACGUGUAAUAGAUGCUUAUGCUGCUCGAGGGCAAGAUUACUGUCGUUGGAAGGAACCUAGGAAUGUGCUAUUCAUUCUGAAGCCUGUUUCAUCAUUUAGUUAGACCACAGAUGAUCUGUAACGUAAUUUACACACUUUUGCUUCAUAACAUUUGACACAGUUAUCAAAAAUCUAUCGGUUUUGAAACUUUCAAUUGACAUAACCUCAAUAUCUCGCUGGGGAAGAGAAUAUUCCAGAUUUUGUCUACCCUUUACAUGAAGAAUUGCUCCCUGAUAUCAACACUGAAUGGUCUUGCUCUAAUUCUAAUGUUAUGUCUCCCUAGCUCUGAAAAGAACGUGAGGACUGCAGAUGCUGGUGAGUCAGAGUCAAAAAGUGUGGCACUAGCAAAGCACAGCAAGUUGAUUCUCUUGCUCCUCGGAUGCUGCCUGACCUGCUGUACUUUUCUAGUGCCUCUCUUGCUCUGGACGAGCUCACCAGAAGGAUGUUUCUCUCUAGCUCGCUUGUCAAGUUAUUUAGCUACUAUUUUAAACACCUCAAUCAAAUCCCUCCUUACUCUGAUGCACACAGGAGUAUAAUCCUAGGCUAUGCAGCCUGUCCUAUGAUUUAGUCUUUUCAGCUCCACUAUUACUUUGGUGUUUGAGCACAGCCUUCCUUCAAGGUCAGCUUCCGAAGGUACAAUAUCCAAAAGUGGAUGCAGGGCUUCAAAUGGGGAUCAAGCAAAAACUUUAUAUAGCCUUAACAUCUUUUGUAUUCCAGACUUAUUAAGACAAAGGCUGGCACACCUUAAGCUUUUUAAAUUAGUAUUUGCAUCUAUCCAAAAGGAAGGAGCAAAUUCAUUCUCUGGGGAGAGGUGAUAAUAUUCACAUGCAUUUGACUAGCAUAACCAAAUAUAUGCAGCAAGAUAUGCAAAAGAAAAAUAACAUUGAACAAAAGUUGGCAAUAAUUUACAGCACUGUCAAGUAAUAUGGGAGGAAAUGUGGCAAUUAGUAAUGAACUAAUGAUCAAGACAACCAUUCUGGAAUUCACAGUAGAUGUCUCAUAUGCCUUAAAGGAGAUACAGUAGUGUGAUUUCAGUCCUUUAAGGGUUGAUUCUCUAAGAUAUUUGAUUUGUACAUUUUUAUUUAACAAAAAAACUGUGGGUUUGCAAAUCAUUAAUUACUUGUGGACUGUCAUUUAAAGAUUGUUUUUAAGAAUAGUCAUGGCUUUUUAUUGUCAUCUUUCACUCUCCUGUUCAAUAUGUUUUGCAAAAUAAAUGAUGUGA